CGUGUAACCCUUUCUCACUUUUCAUUUCUCUCGAUUUACAUAUAUCCUCCAGGAUGGCACUGUUAUCCUCCUGGCAGAUCGCGUUAUUAUGGCUUAGUUGGGUAAUUCUGUCCCUGGCGGCUGGGGCCGACUAUUACAAGAUCCUUGACGUGGCGAGGACGGCUAGCGAGCAGGAUAUUAAGAAAGCAUACAAGAAGUUGUCGAGGAAGUUUCAUCCAGACAAGAAUAAAAGCCCAGGGGCAGAGGAAAGGUUUGUCGAUAUAGCCACGGCAUAUGAGGUACUUUCAGACCCAAAACAGAAGUUGGUAUACGACCAGUUUGGAGAGGAAGGGCUCAAGAAGUCUGCACAAGGGCAGCAGCAUCACGCGAAUCCAUUCGAUAUGUUUUCGCAGUUCUUUGGUGGUGGGAUGCGCGAAGAUCAGGUCCGGAGAGGACCGACGAUGAUGACCGAGUUUGAGAUCUCGCUCGCGGAUGCAUAUACGGGGAACUCGAUCGACUUUAUGUUGAAGAAGAAGGUACUGUGCGACCAUUGUCGAGGUAGCGGGGCUGCUUCGGACGGGGACGUGAAGCCGUGUGGUGGAUGCAAUGGGAGCGGAGUCAAGUAUGUUCGACAUCAGAUUAUGCCUGGCAUGUUUGCCCAGAGCCAGAUGACAUGCGACGAGUGCCAGGGAAGGGGGAAAAUCAUCGCUCGCCCGUGUCCUCACUGCGGGGGCGCAAAGGUGCUCGAUCAUACCGCGCAUUAUACGCUCGAGGUGGAGCCGGGCAUUCCAGAGGGACACGAAGUCGUCUUUGAGGGAGAGGCAGACGAGAGCCCGGAUUGGGAGGCCGGUGAUGUGGUCCUCAAGGUGAGGAUGAAGAAGGAGCAAGGAGGGUGGAGGAGAAAAGAGGGGAGCUUGUAUUGGAGAGAGACGAUUGGGGUGCAAGAGGCGUUGCUUGGGUUUGAGAGGAACUUGACGCAUCUUGAUGGGCAUGUCGUGACUCUGCGGAAAGACGGUGUCACCCAGCCUGGCUUCGUACAGCAGGUAAAAGGAGAAGGGAUGCCCUUGUUCGAGCGACACAAAGAGCACGGUGACCUAUUCAUAGAGUACACCGUCGUGCUCCCGACUUCCCUCUCUGACCACACGAAGCGGGCGCUGCAGGACGUAUUCCGGGAAGGAGGGCACAAGGCGAAGACGGAGCUGUGAAGAGAUUGGAGGUAUUAGAUAGACUGUAAUUCUUAAUAGAAUAUAUUUCACCAA